CCUGUCGUACCUCUGGUACCAAUUCAUCUGGGAUAGGCCCAGAGCUCCCCUCUCUGGUCUGCUCUCCUGCCCAGCCUCAUACCCUCUCUGCUGAAUCCCACUCAGGGCAGACUCCCCCUGAUCAGAUCCAUCCUCCACCACCUGUCACACGCCUCCAACCCCUACAGCAUCGGUCUGCUAUCACCCCCCUCACACCACCCCCUCAGAAACUCCUAUACCCAGACCUCACAAGUAUAGAUAUGAAGGCCUCCAUUUUCCUUCCACAUGCACAACGUCCACGCAAUGAGCCCCUUACCCCAUCCCUCGGAACCUGCCCCUCGGUGUCCCUCAAUGUUGCCACUGGGGGUGUACCAGUGGGGGUAUUCCAGGAACCAUUCUCUACACUCUUUGCACUCAUGGGGAUUCCCACUUACCACGUGGAAAGGGGCAUACCACCACCAUCUCCCAAUGCCCAUCAGACAGACACAACCCCAACACCUAGCCCCUCUGAGAGGAAUCUAAAGGCCCAACAGCCCCGAACAGAAGCACGAUUUGAUCCCCCUACGUCCUCCUCUGAGGUACCCAUGGAGGCCCAAUCUCCAAAGGUAGUCCCCUCGCACCCCCAACCCCUGGACUUGGCCUGCUCAGAGGACCCAAAUUCAGAGACCUCGCCACUCCCUCCCUGUGAUCGCCCUCUGGAGGUCCCACAGAGGAAGCCAUCUGAAGUGGAUGAAGUAUCUGUUGGGCUAACACUCCCCAAAGACUGCCCUGAUGAAGAGCCAGAUCUUGAGCCCCCGCGGUGCACUUGCCCCUCACGUCUGACAAUGCUGACGACCUUCAUUGCCGUCUUCAUCCUUCUUUUCAUCUUCUUCGCCAUUUUAGUCAAGUUCCUGUGUUUCCCACCCAACCUGACAGACAUUGUGCAGCCAUGUGGCGUUAAAGGGAACUGCAGUGUCCCAAUGCCAGUCCUGCUGCCCAAGCAACCCAUUAACAAGACAGGAAACAUCAGUGCAGGUGAUGCCGUGUUCAGGUUAUGUCUGUGUUGACAGUUCAUUUGAUUGAAGCACCCAUCCCCGAUCCCACUCUCCCUCAGGUUGCCUAGGUCCAGUUGGUGCUGGUUGGAAAGGUUGGAGGAUUGUCGGGGGGAUGUUAGCAGAGGACAAGUGGGGCUGGCAGAGUAGUUUACACUGGAGAGGGAAACAUGUGUGCGGGGGAGCCAUCGUCACCCCACGUUGGAUCAUUACUGCAGCCCACUGCUUCAUCCAGUAAGG